AGGUAAUUCCUUCCAGCAGACUCCGCGGUAAAUUCGUGUCAUUUUUCGUUUAAAAGUCCGAAAGAGCGCACCGUUUGAGAGCCAAUCAUUAGCGCAAUAUAUCGUGAAAAUGCGUGCUGUUUAUUCGAUGUCCGUUUGUGCGCCGUUUGUGUUUCUUGCACUGAUUCAUUUCGGUUCUGCUCUGCAAUGCUGGAAGUGCCACUCAGAGUUCGACAUCACCUGCCACGAUUACUUCAACGUGACCAGAAUCGAGCAGAACAAGCGGUACUACGAUAACUUCAACUACGGCAGCAACAGGCCCGUUCAGAACCAAAGGAACGAACCCCAUUUGGAGCACUGCGACCAGAGCUACGCCACUCAUUUCAACCAAAAAACCGUCUGCUUGAAGAGAGUCUACAGAGCUCCAGGAAGCAACGACAGACCUCACGUACAAAGAGAAUGCCGACUGGUAUCGAUCAAUCUGAAAGAAGGCGAAUGUCCGGAAGAUCUGGCGUCUGAUAGAAGCAGGACCGUCGAUUUCUGCGGUACUUGCACCUACGACGGGUGCAAUGGCGCGACUGGAAUCAGAACAAACGUCCUCGCAGCUCUGAUCCUGCCGGUGCUAAUGCUGCUGGUGUUGAGGAAAUAGAGUAAUAAUUUUGUUUGUACAUUCAAAGUUUAGUACUGAUAAAGAUAUUAUAUUGUGGAUAGUUUAAACAUUUUUGUAUAAUAAUUAUCAAUGAGUUUAUUGUUUGUAUGUUUUGUUUUAUUUGUUAGAUAUAUGAAAUUUUAUUAACAACUGUAAGAUUAAAUUAUUUAGUUAGAAAAUUAGAGUUUUUUUAAAUUAAAUUUCUUGUAAAUUGAUUCCUCCACUAAAAUUUUGGUCAUUCUGUUGAAUAUAUACAGGGUGUUUCUAUUAAAUUGGUGAUUCAUGAUGAAUAUUGUGAUGAUUUUUUAAUGCUCGGCCUUAGAAAAUGUUGUUCCAAGGCAAAGGAAAAUUUGGAUACAAUUUAUUAUAUUUAAAUUAUGCAUAAAUAUCUGUUUGUGGGUAACGACUUUUCAAUUCCUAAAAUAUGCACAUAUUUUUACAUUCGUGAAGCAAUUUCUAUUUUGAUGUUUACCUAAUACUUACUUCUUUUUAAAUCCAUAUACUAA